GGGUGCGUGGGCGUUGCCAUGGUGACCGGGCCCGGCGGCGAGGCUCUGGCAGAGGACAGAGGAAUUGAAAUGGAGGUCCUAGAGGAGAAAGAAGAAGAGGAGCAAAAGGAAGAAGAGCUGAAGGCUCUGGAGAUCAGCAGUGAGCUUCACGACACGAAGACAAAGCUGUCUGUGGAACAAAUCUGCUUUUCAAGCGAUGUACCUGAUUUUGACUGGAACAGCAUUGACACAUCCCAGUUACCAGACUCAUACAAGAUGAAUUCCCCAAGGGAAAAGAAGCUGCUGCGCAUUGCUGAUCAUUAUCACCAGCAGUACACUCACCUCUGCCCUGAACGCAAGCCGCUCUUCCUGCACCCUGUCAACGAAUGUGGUGUGGAGAAAUUUGUGAGCACAACAGUGAGGCCAACCUUGCUGCCUUACACAGAGCUGUACCACUGGGAUGGCUGUGCCAGCUUCGUCUCUGACUAUCUCACUAUGGAGCCCCUCAAGUGCCCUCUCACGCCGCCCAGUUCACUCUAUUCCCCAACCACCAUCCUGAAGUACCAGCGAGGGAACUGCUUUGACUUCAGUGUGCUGCUGUGCUCCAUGCUGAUUGGAGCUGGGUAUGAUGCCUACUGCGUGAAUGGGUAUGCCACCCACAACAUAUGCAGCUUGGAUGAGAGUCUGGAGGAGUGCCCACUGCUCAGGAAGCCACAGGAGGUCCCAAAAGAAGAUGUGAAGAAAUCUAACAAGUAUAGAGUUAAGUCCCUCCCCGACAUGCACAGCAAGUUUGAGCUUCAGCAGGAGGCCAAGAAGAAAGCAGAAACUGAAGCUACUGAGAAAAAGGAAAGAGGAGAGAGGGACAUGGAAGCAGAAGAGCCCACGUGUGACCAUUUGUGUGGCUUACGGGUGCAUGCAUGGGUUUUGGUUCUGUCUGGGAAGAGAGAGGUUCCUGAAACUUUCUUUAUUGAUCCCUUCACGGGGAACAGCUAUAGUACCAUGGAUGAGCAGUUCCUUGGGAUUGAGAGUGUCUGGAACCACAAGAACUACUGGGUGAACAUGCAGGACUGCCGGAACGGCUGCAAGGAUCUUGUCUUUGAUUUGAGUGACGCUGUCCACUGGGAAAUCAUGCUUUCAGAGACUGACAAGCCUCUUCAGCUGCUCCUGGGUGCUGAGAAGAAAAAUGAGCUGUUUGAUAGGAACGUGGAUGACAUGGAGGAGGAAGAAGAGGAAGAGGAGGAGGAGAUAAGUUUUGCCAUGCCACCGUCAUGGGUAGCUCCAAUUCAGAUAUCUCCCAAAGAAUUUGAGACCCGCUGUUCCCAGGGGAGGAAGGUGAUCCUGUACAAGAAGGCAAAACUGGAGAAAUGGGCUCCAUACUUCAAUGGAAAUGGGCUGGUGAAACGCCUCACCAUCUACGCAGACUCAAACUGGACCGAAGCAGUAGAAGUGAAAGAGUGGUUCAAAAACCGUGAAGACAUGUUGGAUAUGAGAGAAGUGAAUAAACAAACACAGCUGACCACAGAAUACUUCAGCCCAGGACACCUCUUCGGUCUCAAAGUACACGCCUAUAAGUCAAUGAACCCACAGACUGAACGUGUGAUGGAGUUCUACACUGAGACACGAGUCGAUGGCCUCCAGAAACUUGCUGAAAAUGCCAGUGAGAUGAAAGAGUACUUCAUGGGGCGAGAUGACUUCAAGUACUUCCAGCACACAGAGUUUCGCACUAAAAGAAAGAAAGUAACUUUGGCUGGCGUCGGAACUGAUGUUAACUCCCGGCCUAUCGUGCAAAUCAAGGAGUGUUUCCACAGAAACCUACAAAAGCCUGCUGAUGAAGACAUAGCAGAACGUGUCUUUCUGAUCGAAGAGGAGAUGAUCCAACUGACAUACCACCUCAAGGAUAAAUACAUUACAGCCUCAAAGAAGGACUUCUUCAAACCAACGGAGAGCUAUAGGAAGCAAAGUGAAAUAAUGACCCCAGAAAUGUGCAUCACAUACCAGGCGGGGUCCUCUGAGCAGCACACAAAGCUGGUCCACCUGUACAAAUUGUUGCAAAAGCUAACAGAGGAAGAGAAGCAGCUGAAGCAACAAGUCUGGAGAUCUCAAGCAGAGGUACUAAAAAUUCUGGAGAUCCGUGAGAAUGAAGAAGCAGACAUUAAAUUGUCAGCUUCAAUAUAUGACACAGAGAGGAAUGAAAAGAAAAGACAAGAGUACGAAGCCAUGAUGAAUGCAAAGAAGGAUGAGUUCCCAGGACAAAAUGAACAGGAUCUGGAUUACCUGGCACCUUUUCUUAUUCAAAUGGGCAGUCCAGAGAAAAUGACCAGAAGGCAGGCCCUUCGCCUCAGAGACAACUGCCUGAGUGAUUUUAAGAAUCGUCUCGUUUCUAAGGCCAACAUCAUCCAAGCUCGUUUUGAAAAGGAGGUAGAAGAGCUGCAGAAGAAGAACCAGCUGUUUCAGGAAAAUCAGAAUCAGCUCAGCGAGAAGGAGGAGGCUGACCUCCUUGCUGAUUACUCUGAAACAAUGUUCCGUAUCCACAUUCUAGCACUAAGACUCGACAGGGAAAAGCAGACAGCACCACAGAAGUACCUUGCUCUUGAAGAGAAACUGCGCAAGGACCCUCGCCUGGCAGAGCACCUCGGUCAUGCCUGAUUGCUUCUUUUUUCAUUGAGAUCAGACACUGGAAAUUGAUGCUGAAGUCUGUUAAAAGCAGCCUUAAAAAUGGUGGAAAGGUUUUCCUACUUGCCUGCAAGAAAUCUUGCAUUCUCAUCAGGUUCUGCUAAAAGUCUUUGUGUACCUGUC